AUGUAUGACUUUGCAUACACAGUGGGACCAGGAGUGCCUGAAUCCCAGGAGACUGUACUCAACACUGCUGAAAAACCAUCCUGUUCAAAAAACUUGAAAAACACGAAAGAUCCCUCGAACAUUGAAAGAAAAAAAUCGACAGGGACUGAAAAUGUACUUUCUCAAGAAAAUAUCAUAGAUUUCAACAAAAGUGGCUAUCAUCAUGAAUUUACAACCAACGUUGAUCAAAAAGGAUCUGAAAAAGAGGUUGACAAUGAAUCAAAGAAGCAAAAAGAACUUUUUAAGGAAGAAAGAAAUACAAAGGAAAAUUUAAUUGAAGAAACUGAAAGCAAAUCAACAAUUAGGACUGCAGAUAAAAAAGAAGACAACGGUUCUCCUGAACCCUCAAAACAGGCUACAAGACCAUCACUAGAGAACAUCCCAGAUAAAAAGUCAAAUCAGGUAUUUAUAGCUUAUCAUAGUGGACCUGAAAGUCUUGGAGAAUUCACAAACAAUUUCAGUUUAAAAAAUUCUACAUCCUACGGGGUUCAGACAGAUAGAAAGAUGACUGGGAGUGAUGAAAUCUUGGAGGAAAGAAAAGAUGUAGAUGACACAGACCAAUCUGAAAAUGUUUCGGAAACCAGAUUCCCUAAUCUGCCAUUGUAUCCAGUAAUUGAGGCAAUGAACCAAGGAACUAGGCUAAAGCGCAGCCCAGUUCUUGAGAGUCAAAGUGGGACCCGUCAAAAUGAGGGGGUAGACACAAGCAACAAAAGAGACAUGAUUGAAAAUCAAAAAAGUGAAAAUGAGCAGACCACAUACUCACAGGACAAAGAACGAGUUCUUCCAAAAUCCCUUAAUGAUAAACCAGAAUCUAAUGUUGAUACAGAUGUUCGGAGAAAAGAUGCACCUAGAAAGAUGCAAACAGAUUCUAUACCACACUGGAAUAAAAUGCCCUCUUCUUAUCCAAACUGGGGAAAUGAUCAACCAUGGGGAAUGUUUUCCGAUGGGUUCCCACAAUGGGGAAAAUGGAACAAUGAUUUUACACAAAAUGCUUGGGAUCUCGAAGAAGCGCAUGAAAAAGAUUUCUUUGGUGAUAAUCAAUUACACCAGAGUUUAUCAACAACGAAUACAAAAGACUCAAACAAGAUGACACCCUUGUCACCAGCACAAGGAAAAAAUAUACAACCUCAUUUACCAGGUGGUCCUCUCGAUCCAAUUUUGCCAUCACCUUCUUUGUUCAGAGGAGAGUCAAGUAGUUCUGUGACCUCUGAGCCUUGGAAAAAUAAGCAGGAUCGGCUUCGAGUUGAGAUAUCAGAAAACAACAAUUCCCUAAAAGGAAAUCUACCCUACAUUAUAGAUAAAGAUGUGGGUCAGACUUCUAAAACGGACGUUUGGCAUGUUAAAAGAGAACCCCCACCAGAACCAUCAGCAAAAUAUAAAAAGAAAUUGUCAAAACAUACGUGUGCAGGAUGUGGCAGAAGAGACUGCGAAGGUCAGUUCAUGAAGCUGAUGAAGGCAAUGACAAUUGCUGCAAAGAAUAACAAUUUCAUUGUUCAUAAUGUAGUUCCAGAUGGAAACUGUAUGUUUGCUGCCAUUGUAGACCAACUAGAAAUUAAUGGCGACUAUUCUUUUAGCUCUAAAUCACUCCGACAGGCCUGUGUAGAGCACCUAAAAAGUCAUCCCGAGUCUGACGAUGGCACUCACUAUGAAAUGUUCAUGGAUGGGGAGUCCUGGAUGGAAUAUUUGGAUCGUAUGACCCAAGAGGGACAAUGGGGAGAUCAUCUCAUGUUACAGGCUACAUCACAAGUAACGCAGAGGAACAUAGAAGUUUUACAUGCAGGAGAAAAGGAGGAGAUAACUAAGAUUACAAAUGCUCUUGCAAAGGAAGACCAGAGGUGUUUACGAUUGGGACACGUCGGAGAGUUCCAUUAUGUCAGUCUGCGAGAGAUACCAGAGGGAGACGACGGUCAAUUUUCAAGUGAAGAGGAAGAUGAUGCGCUUUUUAGCUUGCCUCUUAACAGUUUAUCCAUUUUUGAAGACACAAGAAAACGGGACAUGUUUGUCGAGGAUUAUAUUGACCCGUAUUGUGAUAUAUCAUCCCUUCAUCUAUCUUUUCUGCUGAAAAACAUAUUUCCCGUUAACGUGGCCCUUAAUGAUGCUGAUAAAUUCAAGCAUACAGUCAUGUCAAUGGAAUACAAAGAUGUCAAUACUGGGAUUCAUGAGGAUAUAGAAGGAACAGGACAUACAGUGGAAAGGGAAGUCAAAUUACCAGUGCACAAGGCCAUUGGAGAUAUAAUUAACGGAUUGUAUACUGACUGCCAUUGUAGGAAAGGGAACCCCAAAGAUACUGGACAGUCAAAAAAUAACUUGUUAAAUGUACCAUUUUUAAACGUUUAUAGUCACAUAACUACUCACAGAAAAGCUAUAAGAUUUCGUGACAUAGUCUCUGGAACCUGUCCAGUUAUCAUAAAAACGGACGAAACCCACCCAGGAUAUGCCUAUCUUAUGACGUACUAUCCGAGACAAUGGAGUAGAGAAGAUUGCAGCGAAGGUCCUGUUUACGUUCCUAACCACCAUGCCGUUUUUGUUGUCCCUGCCAAUCAGCAAUCUGAUGAAGCUAAGGACAAAAUGUCUUCUACGUAUUCAUCUGUUUCGCUGUAUCCCAAGAACAUACCAGCACUUCACUCUGAGUGGCCAGAGGAAGCUCAAGAGUGGAUCAUAAGAAAACGGCCAUCAAACUGGCCACCUGCCAAUAUCAUCAGCACUAUUGAAGCAGAUGGGUGUCACCUUGUCAAUCAGGCACAUCCAGAUAGUUCAAACUCUGACAUUGAGUUUCGAUUUUGCUUUGGUGUUGCAGAACGAACGCUCUGUAAUGAAGCACUUAGUAGAGAUCAGAGAUAUUGUUUAUUGGUGUUCUUGGAAGUCUGUAGCCAUGGACUUGGAGGGAGUACUUUAAUUACUAAAGGCCACCUUAUGAGGGUCUUUUUCUAUGUGUGUGAAGAACUACCCGUAGACUGCUGGGCGUCAAACAUGGGCUCUUGUUUGUUUUAUCUUCUGGAGUCUCUUAUUUCUCAGAUUGAACAAAAGAAUAUCCCCUGUUACUUUAUUCGUCAGAACAACACAAUUGACUACUUGAAAGAAGAACAAAUUAAUGAAGCUCGAGAAAAAUUCGGUAUGAUACGGGGAAAUCCACUGCAGUAUUUGUUUAGCCUAGCAAAAGACGGCGAAUCUGGACUGGAAGUCCAGCAAAUGAUAAUGGAGGACAUGGCACAGUUCAAGCUUACUCACAAUGUCAGAGAAAGUGUUUUGAAUUCUUUCAUUCCAUAUGCAAUCAAAAUGGCACGGGCAUAUAUCUUGCAGAGACGCUUCAAGACAGCAAUGGACACGUUACAGACUGCGUACGAGGAUAGACUAACUGUAGCAACGUGUGACGAUCAAGUGCCUUUUCAGUCGUUCUUCAGUGAAGCUGUUCAAGGAAUUCCCUUUGAUAGCCAGUGGUGGUUCCUUCUAUACGCUGACGAAAAACUAGGAAUGACUAUGUCUUCAGAUAUGAGUUUAAAUCAGCAGCCAGUUACUCUUGGCGAGCUAGUGGGCCCCUCCACUGCUAAAGACUAUGCUAGUCACCUCAUACCGCAAUCCAUGGCUUACGAACGAUGCCAGUUGUUCACGAAUUUUGCUUGGUUUCUGCUCACAAAAUACAGAACACAACAAGCGGUUGAGUAUCUCUUGUUGUGCAUCACAGCAUACAAAGACAAACUUGACCUUGAAAGAAAUCCUGAGUGCCCACCAGAGAGCCUGGAACAAUAUCACGAUUUUAAUGAAAGAACAAUGUACAAGGUGUUGGUGUACCUAUACUAUGCUCUUCACAGACAAAAACUAGAGCAUACUUUUAUUAACUACUUUGAGAUUGUAGAUACAGUAUGUGAGAAGUUGGGCUGUCGGGAGGCAUACAGUCAAGCUUACUACCUAGCAAAACAGGUGGACGAACACUGGUCAAAUCACUGGCUUCAGAAGUACCACAGUUGCAAGAAGUCCGAUCCCACCAUAAACUAUGAUCUCUUCGUAGAUACCAUCCAAAAUCCAGAAGUUUAGCAAAUCGUCAUUCUUAAGCAGUAAUAUCUUAACAUUCAAAAAGAAAUGUAUAUUUUUCAUGGUACCACUUCGACAUUUUCCAGAAUGAAAGAACAGCAAAGCAAUUUUAA